GAGAGUGACCAACGGAAAUACCUACCUAUCAAUAACAUACAAAAAACGGGGGAAAUCGUGUGCACCGCAGAUCGGAAGUAGUGAGCUUUGGCACGACACGUGUUGUCUGUCGUCCGUCCCGCGCGCCAUCCAGACUUGCCUAGUCAUAACGAAACUCGACGAUUCGAUCGCAUCACCAUGAAGCUGGGCAAGAUCUUCAACCACAAGUUUGUGCUCGGCAGUUGCAAUUUGAUUUUCAUGCUAUGCGGUGUCACACUUCUCGCCACGGGUUUCUAUAUGUUCACAGACGCCCCUCGGAUAUUGCUGUCCCGUUUGCUGAUCUCCGCAACCGAACACCAUAAAACUCCUCUGUCCGAACUAGAACAACCUCUGUUCUACUAUGUGGCCCUCGGACUCACUAUUGCCGGGCUAGUUGCCAUAACCGCAGCCCUCCUCGGAUGCUGGGCAUCCUGUAUGAAUACGUACUGCGUACUCACCAUCUACUUCCUCAUCAUUCUGUCGCUCCUGAUAGCGGAGUUCGGCGUGUGUCUGAUGAUCACCGCGUGGCCACAGUGUCUCGGUCUCAACCUGGACGAAACGACCAUGGUCAAAGCGCUGCAGGGUAGCUACGGUGUCCCUGGGCACGAGCAGUUCACAGCCGCCAUGGACCUGGCGCAAACCAUCUUCGAGUGCUGUGCCAUCAAUACGGCCAUCAACUACGACACCUCCUUGUGGAAACUGCAGAGCUUGGGCAAGAAGGAACUCACGGUACCGCUGACCUGCUGUAGGCUGCAGAAUCGCUACGAAUUCUCCGCCUACCUGGACCCGAUGCCGAUGAACUUGACCCAGUGCCAAGCUCUGCAACCGCACGACUACGAGGGCAACCGACAUCUGGAUGGUUGUCUCCACAAGAUCGAGGUCUGGUACCGGGAGCAGUACUUUCUGUUCCUGUGCGCUGGUCUCAUUGUCGCCGUGGUCGAGUUCUGCGUCCUGCUCAGCAUCAUUCUCAGCUGUACGAAGCUACCGCGAAAGUCUGCUAGCAUGAGCCCGGAACGGCUUCCUCCGACGGCAGCACUGAUGCGACCUUCGGGACGGAUCGGCGUCCGGGACAAUAUCUACGAGCGGGAUUUACCGACGCCGAUUCCGGUGCCGACGAUCCGCGAGACCUACCUGCAACCCAAAGAGUACACCAAAGCGAGGCACGAGAUUCCAUUCAAUACCGGAUCGCACUACUAUCAGAUUUCCAAGAGCUAUCUGGUGUAGCGGUAGAUUGUGGUACCGAAUGGGACGGCCAGAUUUAUUUAGACUUAAUGCUAAUUAGAGGCUAGAAUAAGAUUUCAUGCACAAAAAGUGAUGUUUGGUAAUUUUG